UUAUACCUGAAGAAAUCCCACAAUCUACCACCAUCUGUUCGUCUCUUCACCAUCUCACUCCUCUCACCUGCUUUACGCCAACGCGGGAAUGCUACGGGUACCAGCGCGAACCUGUGGAUAGCAGGCCUGACAUUUGACACUACAGGAUUGUCAAUCAUCUUGCCAUGUGGAGGCAGGCGUCAAGCCACAGCGGUCCGUCCGCUUGUCGCCAAGUCGCCAUGCCGCCCAGACUGCCUGUCACUCUCCUCCCUACCCCCCAAAGGCUGAAUGCUGGGGCGAAACAACACCUUGAAACACCACCAUCAUCGUAUGCCAUCGAUAGAUUGAUCGAGCUCAUCACGCUGAUUCAGCGCACCGCUCGAUGCGGUGCUCCCGUCUUGCCCAUCCCUGCCUCGUCGUCGUCACCGAUGAGACCAAAUAUCACAGCCGCCACGUUUCCACACCACCGCUCCGCUGCUCCCCACAAACGGACCGACGUGGGUCCUCUACUACAGCUAAGCACUGUCCACUUACUUCUAUAUACUAAUAUCUAUGCAUGUCGCGUCCACUUGGCUGUACUGUACUGUAGUGUAUCUCAGGGCACCCCAGAUGGUGUGGACUCUAUUUUCUGCUGCAAGAAUCCUCCCAUCACACUCUCUUCGUCUUCGUCUCGAGCAAAACCUCCGUUCUCUGGCAGCCCAACGACCCACAUGGCUCCAUUUUCUGCAGACUCACCAUAAUUAAUACUGUCUACUCCAUCAACCUUGUCCGAAAAGCUAUUGCAGCAUCGUGUUCUAAGCGAGUGGCACUUUCUUCCAACGUCGAGCGUAAGGUAUAAUUAUGGUACCUAGGUACCAGAAUACCUCGUCGUAUUCCUCUGCCGUUUUGAUGGUCCU